AUACGAUAGGGCGAAAGGAGCAGUACGGCUGAUACCAGAUACGAGUACGCAUGACACCAGUUUGCAGUGUGCCCGCCACUGAAGGGGCCGCUCUCGUUGGUCUCCGCCGUUCGCGGCUCGAGUCUUUCAUCUCCCACUCCGCGUUCGCUCUUUCGCUGUGCACGGUUACGCCGCCGACGACGCUGGCACCGACGCCGACGCUGCCACCGACGCUGACGCUCACCGCAGGAAGGGGAGCCUAAGCGCUGCGCUCUAAUAUCAGGGGACACUCCGACCAUGGAUAGCCGCAGCACCUCGGUUUCUCCACCGACGAGUCCCGAGCCUGUCAGAAGCCUGGCCGACAUCGAGAGGGUGGGGCUCGCAAAACUCGGCCCCGGACCUCGUUUCUACUACAGCAUGGGUGCCGACGAGAAGCAGACCUUGGCAGAGAACGUAAACGCCUUCAAGAGGCUCCGCCUUCUGCCGCGGCUCCUGAGGGGCGUAGCGGACCGAAGCUUGGAGAGUGUGUUGCUGGAACAGCGCGUCUCUAUGCCCAUCGGCAUAGCACCCACAGCUUUUCAUAAGAUGGCCCAUCCCGACGGAGAAGCCGCCACUGCGAAAGCUGCGGAAGCGGCGGGGACGGUGAUGAUCGUCAGCAUCUCGAGCACCACUUCCCUGGAGGACGUCAGGGAGGCCGCGCCCAACGCCAUUCUUUGGUUUCAGCUCUGCAUUCUUCGAGACCGUGCAAUAACGCAGCGACUUGUAGGGCGGGCAGAGCGCGCUGGCUACAGCGCCAUCGUCUACACGGCAGACAUACCGGUGGGUGGCUCAAACACCGCGACGUUUGGAAACUUCCUCAACGAUCACUCAAAGGAGCUCAGGUUCGCCAACUUUAGAGAUGAGGACGUCGCCCCCUCUGGUGGAAGAUUUCCGUCGCACGAGGUCAUGAAUCCGGAGACCACGUGGGCCGACGUCGCCUGGCUCAAGAGCCUCACUAAGCUGCCCCUGGUCGUCAAAGGAAUUCUUACUGCCGAAGCGGCCAUUCAAGCCGUUGAACACGGUGCCUCGGCGAUCAUGGUUUCUAAUCACGGAGGGCGCCAACUUGACUGUGUUCCGGCAACCAUUGACGUGCUGCCUGAUACUGUCCGCGCCGUGGGGCACCGCUGCCAGGUGUACGUUGACGGAGGCAUCCGCCUCGGUACCGACGUGAUCAAGGCGCUCGCUCUAGGGGCGCAAGCAGUGUUCAUUGGAAGGCCUGUACUCUACGGCUUAGCUUACAAUGGCGAACAGGGCGCCUUCAAGGUUCUCGAAAUUUUAAGAGCAGAGACGGACCGUGCCAUGGCCCUUAUGGGUUGCCGUUCUGUAAGCGAACUUCACCCGGGCAUGGUAGUUCGCCUUGAACGGUUAGCGAAGCUGUGAUGGACGCACGCCAGUCUCCACGACGGCCCUGGAACAACGACUACGAUCGUUCUUGUUAUAUACUUCCGCUACCACCUGUCUUCGAGGCGUAAAGCGCCAUUGUAAGGUUCGUAACAGCGCAACACAAGACACGGACAAAAAGAAAGCAAAAAGGACAACACAGCGCUUCAGCGCCAUGUUGUCCUUUUUACAUUUUUUUGUCCGUGUCUUGCGUUGCGCCGUUACGAACCUUACAACGAAUCUUAACCAACUGGCUCAACUUGCCGUCUUGAUGCAGUAAAGCGCCAUGACUGAUGACAAUAAAAAAAAAUAAAGCGAAUAUAAAACUUGCA